UUAUGGCAAAUAAUAUUGAUUGUCAAACAAUUGACAGUUGGUAACCUAUCCGAAGGCAGGCGUGACAGCUGUGAACGAAAGGGUAGGUGCAGUUGUGUGCGUGAGCAUUAUCGAGUUGGAUUGGUACACACACACAAACGAAGGUUUGCAAUUAGCAAAGGCAAAAGCGAAGCUUGGAAAAAAAGAAAGUACAAUUUACUGCCAACGGACAACACUUGCACUUUUAUUUCUUAUUGGUUGUUAGCGCGCCUGAAAAUUCGCAGGUCGGCUGAUAGUAGUGAAAAGUUUGUUCGUCUAGUUAUAAUAGUUUGUACUUCCUCGUAGUUCCGUAGACGCGGCAUAGUUAUACGGUUGUUUGUGUUAAGAUUUUCGGUUUGUUUAUCUGCCUGCGUGCUGCAUCCGUGGAAUCCGUUUUGCUCUUUUGGCGGCGUCCGGAAGCCCAGUCCAAGCUGGUGGUAAAGUGUUCCAAUUUUUUCGGAAAAGCAGCCUGCAAGGGAAGCGAACGAUAGGAGAACAUAUUCGCUAUGAGUGCGACAACGCUGCCUGCCAUUUGCAAAGAUCUGGACGGUGAUGACCGAUGGUUGAGCAUCCACAAACGAUUCGUUGCGGAAUGCAAGGAGAAGGACCCGGACGUGAUGUUUAUUGGUGACUGCAUACUCGAGUCGCUGCAGUUUACCGACUAUUGGAACCAGCAUUUCGUACCGAUGCACUGCCUUAACUUUAGCAUACGCUCCGACCGAACGCAAAACAUUUUGUGGCGGCUGCAGAAUGGCGAACUGGACAAUGUGCGUCCAAAAGCGAUUGUACUGCAUGCCGGAACCAACAACAUUGGAGAUUCGGCCGAGGAGGUAACCGAAGGCAUCCUCGAACUGGUGCGAACGAUCCGCCAGAAGUUGCCCGAUGUGUACAUUAUACUUCCGACAUUACUACCCCGUGGUCAGCAACCGAACGAGCUAAGGGAUAAGAAUGAUCAGGUGAAUCGAUUAUUGCGCGAACGAUCCAUUGGUGUGAACAAGGUGCAGAUUGUUACGAUCGAUAAUGGUUUAAUACAGAGCGACGGUACGAUCAGCCAUCACGAUAUGUUUGACUAUUUAAACCUUACAAACGUAGGCUGCAAAAAGGUGUUCGAACCGGUGUGUGAUCUGUUACAUCAGAUUCUUACGGAAAAUGAAAAAGAGCGCGAUCUUACGCCAUCGGAGUAGUUUCAGCGACCUCCCGUAGGUUAAAGGAAGAAUCCAUAAGAACACCCCGCCUUAUACUAUUCGCUAGCAUUGCGCAUCAACAGAUCAUAGUUUUGGGUUGUAUCAGUUUUUGAUUUGAAAUUAAAUUAUUGUUUUCCUUGUAGUUCGUUGGGUUCAAUAAGACCUUCCGUUUGUUUCAAAGUUUGUAUUAUCUUUACCAUCAGUUAUGAAGCUUUUUUUGCGGUGAAAAGAUACUUUUUUCAAGAACAACGGUAUGAAAAAGAUGAAAAAUAAGUAUAAUGAAACAAUUGAAAACGAUUGAAAGCGGAGUAUCAAUUAAGGGCUACAGAAUGUUCGGUAGUUAUGAAAAAAAGGUAUUUUUCUCUACAUGCGAAACACAGUACGAUUGAUUUCAUUUUCUGGCGAAUAUUAUUUCUGCUAGUAUAUUAUUCCUUAUUUGAACAUAAAACUGCUUACGUUUUUCUACUGUAAGUAAUAUAUUACUUAGUUUAUAUUAUUAUUAUUGCUAUUUAGAACUAUUUGCUAUAUAUAUGUGAUUCCUUCGUUUUGUUGUUAUGGGAAACAAAAAAGACUUUUGCUUACUUGUAUAAAAUGCUUAACACCCACCUUACAAAAAACAAAAUAUACACAGUAAAUCAACACUUUUCAUUUCGAUUGUCUCUUAAAUUGCUUUUGUUCCAAGCUUGGGUUGUAACGUUUAGAGCUUGUUUUAUUUACGUUAAUUUUCUUACUGCAACUAGCAUUACGGAGCUUUUAAUGUAUACAUUUAAACUAUUGCAUUCUUUCUAAGGCGAAUUCGAACAUCGAAGCAAAAAAAAACAAAACAAACCAUAAAACAAACAAAAAAAUAUGCGCGUGUGAGAGCGCCGUAGCAUUCUCGUAUUCGAAUAACGUAAUGAUCUCAUCUUGAACAGUUUUACGUAUGCUUUAUUCAAUGCUACUUAUUUAACGACAAACUUCCUUAAAGUGACCGCAUUGCAUUCAUGGUUUGGCAAAUUCGUGUUAAGAAAUGAAUAUGUAUGAAGCAAACAAAAUGUGGAUGCAAACCAUUUAGCGAACGUUUCACACGCGUACAUUCCAAAGGAUCAUAGCUGCGUUAAAUAUACAAUUUGUGAUUUAUGUUUCUUAAUCGUUAUAACAACAACAAAAAAAAAACAGAAAAUAUCAAGUCAUCUGUAUGACAUGAAAUUGAAAAACUACCUAACACCGCAAAACGGUUAGCUGAUAGCACUGGAAAGUAUGGCAGUAUUGAAAAGCUAUGAAGAAAAAAAACAAAACUCAAUAAAAUGAAGUAACUUUACUGGAUUUGAA